CCCAUCCUCAUCCUCAUCUCAACCAUCCGUCAUCCCUCCUCCGCCCGUCUCCGUCCACGCCACGUCCGGCCACCCGCUCCCCCCCCCCUUGUUCGCCCUCGUCGCCGUCUCCUCGUUGCCUCGCCUCGUCUCGUCUCGUCUCCCCCCCGUCCAUCCAGCCACCCCGUUCGCGUCCACGCCGGCUGCGCCCCACCACACUCGACUCCCGCAACAGCAACGCACCACGCUCACCACCACCUCGUCGGUCCCAUCGAUCUGAGGCGUCCCUCACCCGCACGCGCACGACCCGACACUCUGGCUGGCCCGCCGCCGCGAGAUCCUGCUGCCGACGCGGUCCUCAUCGUACAAGCUCCAGCCAACCUAGCCAGCUCAGCCCAGCCCCGCAUCGGUCUCCCAUCCCUUCCCGCGGCUGUUCGUUCGUUUCUCCCAUCGACCUGUAGCAGCCCUCACCGCGCCCGCCCGUCCGCCCCCGUUCUCGCCCAGCAGCAACCCCCGAGCGAGACCCGACGCACGCUGCAAGUACCUGUCCUGACCUGACUUGCCCGACCCGGUCUGUCCUGACUGUGCCGACAGACGUGCGUCGUCGUACGUGCGAUCCCAGCUAGGGUUGGUCGAACCGCGCCAACCCUGUCGGUGAACAUGUCCAUAAACUGGGUCAUGCUUAACCAGGGCGGUUUCGUCAAGCUCGGCAACGAGCGCGUCCUUCUCAAGCUCGAGUCGCGGAUAUCGUGCGAGCUGUCCGUGCCCCAGGAGCUACGCGCGCGCUGCACCGCCUUCCAGCGCAAGAGCGACAAGGGCACCUUGUUCCUGACCAACAAGCGGAUAGUCUACCUGCCCGCCAAGCCCGCCCAGGAGCCCAAGUUUGAGUCCUUCAGCGCGCCCAUCCUCAAGUUCCAGGAUUCGAGCACCUCGUCAUCCAUGUGGUGGGGAUGGGUCUGGAAGUCGGACUGCGUGCCCGUCUCGGGCGGCGGCAUCCCCCCGGACCUGCCGCGCAUCGAGGUCAAAUUCACCUUUUCUGACGGUGGCAUGAUGGACUUUAACGAGGCGUAUAUUCGCCUGCGGGAACGCUUGUUCCAGUACCAGGAGAUGCGGCGGGAGAUGGGGCCCGGCGCCGAUAUCCCCGACGAGCCGCUGCCAGCGUACGAGGCUCAGGGCGGGCAGCCGGCACCCGUCGCGGCGCUGGCUGUGCCCCGAAACGUUCGUUCCGACAGCUCCUCGAGCCGAAGAGCCCCAGACGAGCCGCCGCCCGACUACGACGAGGCCCAGGCGCAGCAGCUGAGCAACCGGCUGGAGGAUCACAUCCGGGGCGAGGCGGAAAGGGGCGACCGGGAGGACAAUUGACGCGUAGCGGCUGGGAAUGCUCGGCUUGACCUAGACCUGUGUUUUUUGGCGUGUUGUUAUGCGCUACUCGCUCAGCAGGCCUACAUUAUGAAAUUUAUGCGAUUUGGUAGCGUGGGACCGCGUCCUGAGGCGUGGUUGAGCCAGAUCUGUAUACUCGGGUAUAUGCACGCAGCAGACGCCGUGUUCACGCUCGUGUUCAUGCGUCUGUCUCCCUGCAGGCACAUCACGCCGCAACAAGCGAUUCCACAGCGAUUAUAGCUGCCUACGUGCCAUCGUGGCUAGGUUUGAGCUGCUUAUCGGACCGUGGACUCGUCGCGUCUAGUAAGCGAGGAAGUCGGCCAUCACG